CUGGAACAUAUAGAGACAUUUAUGCUCCUUCAUCAUCCCACGAGUUCAAUAAGGAAAUCAAAAUGAAAGAAAAUUAUGCUCCUCAAGACAAUCAUAAAUAUUAUGAUCAAGAGUCUAAAAAACCAACCAUCAUUUCUAGUCAAGCAGGGAUGCCUAUAUCCACAGAGGAAUUAGGCCAAAGAAAAGAGGAGGCCAUAAAAGAGAAUGGGAUGAAAGGUAUGCAGUCGAAAGAAGCUAGACACUUUGAAAAUAGCAAACAGGAAAAGAAAGAACAAGAACAAGAACAAGAACAAGUACAAGAACAAGUACAAAUACAAGUAAAGGAUAUUUCAAAAACAGACCAGGCCACUAACGAGCAAGUCUCUUCUCAACAGUAUAAGUCAAAUUUGUAUAAAGCUGAGAUAAAUGAAAUAAAAGAAAGAUCAAAGUCGAAUUCACAGCAACACAAAGAAGAUUUGGAAAAAGAAGCAUUUACAAAGUACAGAAAUGCUCAAGACAAGGACCUCCCCACAGCAGAGGAAAUUAUAAAACAGCUACGAGGAGAAAACUCAAAUUCAGAUCACCCUGAAAUACUGGAGGUGACAGACAAACAGGAAUGCAUGAUGGAGAAUGAGCUCCACAGACCCAAGCCAGAGAAACAGCAGCCCAUAGUGCAACAUGCUAACACCGAGGGGCUAAAAGAGGAGCUCAUAAAAUGUGAACUGGCAGCGAGUAGCGAGGAGGCCAGAAUAGAGCAAGUUAAACCUGAGCCCAGUGGUGAGGAGAGGGUCACAACUGAACAGGCCACAGAGAAGCAAGUAGGAGCAGAGAAUGUUGAGAGAAUGAUAGAGGAAGACAGGAACGAAGCCAAACAAGCUGUAACUGAGCUGAUAAUGGAGAGUCAGGCUAAUACAAAACCAGAAGAAAGUAAAGACAUAGAAAUUAUUGAUGUUAAAAAUAAAACACCUGAAACUGAAGUACCAAAAUCACAAGAAGGAAAAGAUGAAAAAGAAUUAAAAGUUAAAGUUACUGAUAAUCUCAUAUGUGAGGAACAAAUAAAAACACAACAAAUACCCAAAGAAGAUGCAACAAAUGUGAAUAAUGUAGAAAAUGUAUCCAAAUUUGAACGUCAACAGCCAGCAACAUGUGAACUAGAUAAAGUGGAACAGACCAAGACUGAAUUAGCUAAAACCAAUGUGGAGUUAGCCAAAAUAAAGGAAGAGAAGAAGGGAGAGCAGAAGGUUCAGAAAGAUGAAGAUGAACUUAUUGAGCAGGAAAAUGAGAGUGCUCAUACAUUAGCCAAAGAGCCACAAGUCACAAGCGCAGACCUGGCAGACAGGGGAGCAAAUGACUUAGAGCACAUAAGAGAAAAAUAUGGUAACAGCCAAGGUACUGCUACAAACACAAUUUCUACCACAGACAAUGUCAAUGAACAGUCAACAGUACCUGACACAAAAGAUGAAGUAACAGAAAACAAGGUGGACACAAACCAGGAUAAACAGACAAACAGUGACGUAAUAUCUGACACAAGAGAUGACAAUGAAAAAUCUAAGAAUUCUUAUGAUGACCCAACAGGAAGUCAAUAUGUUUAUAGUGAAUCAUCCAAAGAUUUUAAAUUAUCUGUUGUUAGUAAUGUACCAGCUCAUGAAGAUUCAAAGAAAGUUAGUGAAAAUGUUUCUACCAAAGAAGAUGCCCCAAUUGAAAAAGUAGAAAACUCAGGUGGGGCUCAGCCGAGAGACGAUACAAAACAACUUCUCAUCAACAACUGUACAAUGUCACAAAGUAAUUUGCCUGAUCAUGCAACUAAAGAGACUGUCCUCAAAAAUGAUGCAUGCAAGCUGAACGAUGUUCCUGUUGAGAAAGUAGAGAAAUAUGACAUUUCUCAACAAAAAGAUGUUACAAAACAGGUUCCUAUAGAAAGAAAGACAAAGUCAACUGAUCAAAAGACAGGUUCAAGUAAAGAAACAUCAUUGAAAGGCCUGACCCAUAAAGAGAAAGCUCAGACAAAACAGGAGAUUCUGACGUCAAAGAUAAAGGCUCAUGCUGAAAAAGAAAUAUCUGCAAUCAAAGAAGGUUUCGCCAAUAAAGAUGGACUUAAAAAUCCAACAAAGCCUUCGAGUAUAGGUCAGAAUAUGACCAUACGACAGAAGCCACCAUCACAGGAGGUCUACAAAAAACAAGAACGGACAAUGAAUGAUGGCACAGUGUCUGCUGCAGUUACAGCUACAAGCCAGCCUGCAGAGAUUCCACAGAAACAGAUGAAAAACAAUGAGCAUGCAAAAGAAAAAGAGGCAACAGUAACAAAUACAGAGUUACGUACAAGUACAAUGUCAUUUAAAAUGAGAGAGAAUCACACAGUUCAAAAGGAUAAAAAAUUUGGUUCUCCCACAGAUGACAAGAAAAUGAAGUCACAACAUGAGGACAAAUUAGUAAAACAAGAUCAUUUGAGGAAAGGAGAUAAUGUCAAUAUUGAAAACACAGCACCUUCUAUUCAACUCGAGAAUGAAAUCUCUGCACAAGACAACUCUUUAUCAAUCAUGGGAAUAAUGGUGACAGUGAGAGAAAGAAAUCCUUCAGAGAGGGAGGAAAACAAAGAGCAAGAUGUUCUUAGUGUAAGGUGCCAUAAUACAGAUAAACAUGGUCCACAUGUUGAAACAAACAUCCUCUCUGAGAAACUCAGUGUAAAUGAACAGGAUUAUACUGAAACCAAGCAUUUUAUGAAAGAAACUGACUCAGUGACACACAAGAAUUUUACUGACAGCACUACUGAGAAAACUAGCCAACAGAAAAGCUCUUCACCAAAUGACAGACCCCAGAGGGAAACACUACUCCCUGACCACCUGGCUGAAAAAGUUGUGCCCCCCACGGUUACUGUACCAGCUAAAAAUAAAGUGUUGGCUGAAACACAACCCCCUGCCAACAAACAGGACAUAAUAGCAGAAGAAACUAAAGUCAAUGCAAACAGACCUCCUAAUGCUGUCCUGGAAAUCACUGGUAUCAAAGGUCAAGAGGAGAUUGUUGGGAUAAGAGCAAAACCUGAGGCUCCUCAGGUACUGCCUACAACAGAAAUGAAGAGAGUCAUAUCUGUAUCUACAACAAGCAAUGAUAAUACUGAAGAUGUCUUGCAUAUUGACAGCAUUGCUAUUCGAGUUGUGCCAGCAGUAACUGAAGAUGUGAACAAAGCUACACAAAGAAAUGCUUCAAAUAGCUCUGUUAUUGAGAAAGAAACUCAAAGCAACACACAAACUACAAAUGAUGAUGUUCAAAAAGUAUUAUCCAGUGUUAGAAAGCAAGCACAGUUACUGAAAAAUCAACCAAAUCUCAAUAAUACAACCAGUCAAAGUAGUGAAAAUGAAAAGACUACAAAUGAUACAAAUGAAGAUGAAACCAAAAACCCUCCAAUGGAAGAGGGUUACUUCCAGGUUGACAAAAGAGAUACUGGACCACAUAAUAACAGCACAAACGUGGGACAAAGUUCAGAAGCUGUCGCUCAGGAAAGGGAACCCCCAAGAUCUCUGCCAAACCAACCUAGUUCAGCAAGCAGACAAGAUCAGAAUAUUAAAACUUCAAAACAAUUAGACAAUAGUCCAAACGAUAAAAGUGAUAAAGAUGAGAAACCAGGAGCUGGCCAAUCACAUCACAUCAGAAGACAUCCCAUGGCAAAAGGUAGACAAAGAGGUUUUGCAACACUCCCAGAUAGUACCGAUAGUAAGGUUGAAGUUAAACCAAAACCAAAAGUCCCCAUACCUGAGAUAUCGGCACUUGCGGACUAUGCCAGACUUAAAGUGAUUGUUUCUAAAGACGAUGAAGACACUCUCCAGGAACAGCCCCCAAAUAAAAAGGAAGGCUUUUUUCCACUUAUUCAGAGUCGUCAUAGCAGACGUCCAGUGUUCACAAUGGACUCACAAGAGGAUCUUGUGAAAGAGAAAAGUUCACAAAAUCAGCCAAGCACUCAAGUUAAAGUGAGCAAAGAACCUACUCCUGUUGUGUUCCCCAUCACAGAUAAACAACACCAAAGAACUGGGAUGUUUAAACUGGAAGCCAAAGAAAAUGCAGAGGUACAAAAGAGUCCAAUGGACCAAACAUCAAAAGACAAAGCAAAUAAUGGGGUGAAAAAAACAGAGGAUAAAAUUAAGGACAUGCUGGAGAAGAGUAGGGCAAAACAAGCAGAAGAAGAGAAGAGAGCUGCUCAGAGAGAAGAGGAGCAGCGUGCUCUCGAGAGGGAGGCCAUUGUGGCACAGAUCCGUGAAAGACGCAAGAAACAACGAGAGGCUGAGAGGCAUGCAGAGGAACAUGAUAAAGGCAAAUGGGAGGCAGAGAAAAGAAGUCUUCUAGGGCAAAAUGUGAUGUCUGCUGUAAAUAAUGACGAGCAACAAAAACUGUCAGAAAGGGAGCUGUUAAUAGAAGCAAAUCCAGAUGGACAGGACAGGACAUUACAACAGAAAACUGCUUCAGAUGCACAGGAACAGCAAAGAAGAGCUGCUCUAGAGGAACAACAGAAAAAAGUGGCUCAAGUUGAAGAACAGAGAAGAAAAGCUGCUAAAGAGGAGCAGCUGAAAAAGGCUGCCCUCGAAGAACAAACCAGAAGAGCCAAUGAAGAGCAGCAAAGAAAAGCAGAGGAACAGAAAAAGGCCAUUUUAGAGGAAAAACAGAAAAAUGCUGUUCAGAUGGAAGAGCAAAAAAGAAGACUAUUGCUAGAAGAACAGCAAAAAAGAGCAGCUCAAAAGGAACAGCAGAGGAAGAUAGCAGAGGAAGAGCAGCAAAGACAAGCAGCAAUAAUCGAAGAACAGAAGAAGAAAGCUGCAUUUGAAGAACAACAGAAAAAGUUGGCAGAGGAAGAACAGCAAAGAAAAGCUGCUAUCUUUGAGGAACAGCAAAGACGAGCUGCUCAAAAGGAACAGCAGAGUAAAAUGGUAGAGGAGGAGCAGCAAAGGAAAGCCGCAAUAAUUGAGGAACAGAAGAAGAAAGCCGCCAUUGAAGAACAGAGAAAGCUCGCAUAUGAAGAGCAACAAAAACAAAGUGCUCUGGACGAACAGAAGCAAAAAUCUGCUCUGGAGGAACAGCAAAGAAGAGCAGCUGAAAGUGAACAGCUCAGAAAAAUGGCAGAGGAAGAACAGCAAAGGAAAGCCACUAUAAUCGAGGAACAGAAGAAGAAAGCCACCAUUGAAGAACAGAGAAAGCUCGCAUAUGAAGAGCAACAAAAACAAGUUGCUCUGGAAGAACAGAAGCAAAAAGCUGCUCUAGAGGAACAGCAAAGGAAGAAGGCGGAGGAAGAACAGCAAAGGAAAGCUGCACUUAUUGAAGAACAAAAGAAAAGAGCUGCUAUUGAAGAUCAACAAAGAAAGCUUGCACAAGAAGCUCAACAAAGAAAAGCUGCUCUGGAAGAACAGAAGCAAAAAGCUGCUCUAGAGGAACAGCAAAGAAGAGCAGCUGAACAUGAACAGCUCAGAAAAAUGGCAGAGAAAGAACAGGAAAAGAAAGCCGCAAUAAUCGAGGAAAAGAAGAAGAAAGCUGCCAUUGAAGAACAAGAGAGAAAGCUUGCAUAUGAAGAGCAACAAAAACAAGCUGCUCUGGAAGAACAGAAGCAAAAAGCUGCAUUUAUUGAAGCACAAAAGAAAAGAGCUGCUAUUGAAGAUCAACAAAGAAAGCUUGCACAAGAAGCACAACAAAGAAAAGCUGCUAUGGAAAAACAGAAGCAAAAAGCUGCUUUAGAGGAACAGCAAAGAAGAGCUGCUCUAGAGGAGCAGCAGAGGAAAAAGGCAGAGGAAGAACAACACAGGAAAGCUGCCAUCAUUGAAGAACAGAAGAAAAGAGCUGCUAUUGAAGAACAAAGAAAGCUCGCACAAGAAGCACAACAAAGAAAAGCUGCUCUAGAGGAACAGAAGCAAAAAGCUGCUCUAGAGGAACAGCAGAGGAAAAAGGCAGAGGAAGAACAACACAGGAAAGCUGCCAUCAUUGAAGAACAGAAGAAAAGAGCUGCUAUUGAAGAACAGAGAAAGCUCGCACAAGAAGCACAACAAAGAAAAGCUGCUAUGGAACAACAAAAGCAAAAAGCUGCUCUAGAGGAACAGCAAAAAAGAGCUGCUCAAAAAGAACAGCAGAGGAAGAUGGCAGAGGAAGAACAAAGGAAAGCUGCCAUUAUUGAGGAAGAGAAGAAGAAAAGAGCUGUUAUUGAAGAACAACAGAGAAAAGCUGCUGCUGAGGAACAACAAAGGAAAGAAUCUCUGAUUGAAGAACAGCGGAGACAUGCUGUGUUGAAAGAAGAGCAGAGAAGAGAUGCUCUAGAUGAACAACUGAGAAAAAAUAAGAUAGUUGAGGAAGAGCAGCGAAGAAAAGAAGCUAUAGAAGAACAGCGAAAAAUAGCUCAAAUGGAAGAAAUGAGAAGACAAGCAGUUUACAAGGAACAGCUGAGAAUGUCUGCUGAGAUUGAGAAGCAAAAGAGAAUUUCAGCUCUGGAGGAGGAGCAACAAAGAAAAGCUAAAUUAGAGGAACAGAAGCAAAAAGUGGCAAUGGAAGAAGAGAGAAAAUUUUCUCAAAUUGAAGAAAAGAGAAGACAAGCGGCUCAAGAGCAGCAGCUGAGAAAGGCUGCUGAGACUGAGGAGCAAAAGAGAAGGGAGGUUUUAGAAGAACAAAAGCGAAAUGUUGCUAUAGAAGAACAGAAAAAACUAGCUCAGAUUGAAGAAAUGAGAAGACAAGCAGCUCACGAGGAACAGCGCAGAAAGAUAGCUGAAGAGGAGCAGCAGAGAACAGCUGCUAUAAUCGGGGAAGAGAGGAGAGAAGCUCUUGAACAACAGCAACGAAGAGAAGCUCACGAGGAGCAGCUGAGAAAAGCUGCUAUAGAAGAACAGAGGAGGAAAGAAGCCCUUAUAGAAAAGCAAAAACGCGCUCGAGAAGAGGAGGAAGAGAAGCGUCUGGCCUAUAUUAGAGAGGAGAGAAUCAGAAGACAGAUUGAGGAAGAGAGGGAAGCUGAACUUCAAGAGGAAAUGACAAGGCAUCAUCAAAGCUCUGCGCAAAAUCAAACACACAAAGGAAAAGAUACAAGACCCUUCAGAGGCCAGGACCUACCCCGGAAUCAGAAGGAUUCAAGCACAAGGAAAGCAGUAAAUCAGGAGGAAACAGCUCAAAUGGAGGAACAAAAAAAUAUCUCUGAUAAAGAAGCUCUCCAAUAUUACUCCUUGACCUCAGCAGAAGCAGAGAAACCCUCAUCUCCUCAAAAAAGAAGCAAUGCAAACGGACCUGACAUGGUAGAUGACAUCAGCAGGCCACAUGCUCCUGCAUCUCCAGCCCACUCUCAACCCCGCUCCACCACAGCCUCCCCAGCUUUUGGAACCAAACCCUCCAUGUUCAAAGUUAAAGACAACACCCUCCGAGGAUCUUCUCUCACCAAGUCCAUCAAACCACGUUUCCAUAAGAAUUUUGGGGAUGAAUUCAGGGUUGGUUCGCCAAUGGAAAGAGUUUGGGAGAAAAAUGAGGGUGAUCUAGAUACAUUAAGGUGCCGAACUCCUUCUACCCCUCUUCCACAGUACAGGCCAUUUUCAAGAAGAAGCCUUGCUCUAGAUGAUGAAGACUCACGUUCCAUCAUCAGCAAUAUGUCGGAGGACAUGGAGAGUUUUGCCACCAAUGCAACCGACCUUGCAGAUAUAAGGGCAUUGUAUGACUCAGAUAGACCUGAAUCGGCAUGCAGCUUUAGCAGCGAUGUAUCACGUUCAUUUGGAAAACCUCCUGCAGUUCCCCCAAAGAGUGAGAAGGCCCUGCGGCGGGCUAAAAGACUGGCUACUAGGAGAUUCAAAAAGGAACUGUCCAAAGAUGUGACAGAGGACUCAUAUGAGGCUUCCAUGUCAGAAGUUGCCAACUCUGAUGUUGUGGCCUCUCCUCACUUUACACCUCCAAUUUCCAUAGCUCGUGCUCCCCCUGCUGGAUCAAGUGUGUCCUUGUCACACUCAGAGCCUUCUCACCAGCGUGCUCUGCAUACUCCACAUGCUACCGGGCCUAUUUCACUUCCCAAUUCACCCCCACAUACCUCUACUCCAGUAUCUGUCCCUUCAUUACAAAAUCCUGGCUCCUUUUCCACCUCUGCCGCCCCAAGGUCGAUUCCUAAAGUCCCCUCUUCUCCUACUCACCAUCAUGCUCCAAAACCAGUCACACAGUACCAAGUCGAAUCUGGCUUUUCACAAUCCUAUACACAAAGAAGAGUGAUGCAAGAUAUAGGCUCUGGUCAGUACUAUGUUGUGGAUGUGCCCGUUGAGGUAAAAACAAAGACAUUCUUUGACCCAGAAACAGGGAAGUAUGUUCAGCUGAAUGUACGUGAGUCCAGUAGAAAUGCCCCCCAAAGACAACCCCUCCAUGGGUACCCACAACCUCACCUAAAAGCUAAAUUACAUGCCAACCUACAACCGAACACUUCAAGCAAUGCACAAUAUCAAAGUUAUUCUAGCAACUCCAAAGGCAACCAGUCUGCUGCCACCUCCUCUGGCCAGUCAAUGACACCAGCGACUGUCAUUCAGGACCAACAAACAAUCAGAUCAAGCAUGGCCCACCGACAGGGAGGCUCUGAAACUAGCUACAGCCCAGAUAAGACUCCUUAUAUGGAUACAGUUAAUAAAGCGGACAAAGCACACCAUGUAGAUUACAACACACAGGGAUCUCAAGGGGCAAUAACAGAAGGUGACAGGCAAUUAGUAAACUCAAGAUAUGGAUCACGUGAUAUUAUUACUAUGAGUGAACUGGAAGAUUUUAUGGAGGUUUCUGACUGGUGAGAGGAGUUUGAUAAAAGACAAGGUUGCGUUCCUAAUUUUAAAGGGACAAUAUCUUAAAAGUGAGCUGGAAGAGUGAAUUUGUUGUUACAACAUCAAAAUGCAGAUGUUACUGGACCUAUCACCAUAAAACUGGCACAAAGGUCAAAAUGGAUUUUUAGUAUCCUUCAAAAAUUUUAUGCUGCGGA